CGUGACCUUCUGACCUCGCGCAAGUGCUGGUCAGGUAUGGCUCACCAGCGGAACCCUUCGACGGGAGACGCGCUUCGGACGCCGCAUACCGUAAGCUUGAAGGUACUGCGUCUCUCUCGACCGUCUCUCGCAACGCAGUAUCCCCUCCCAAACUCGCAAGACCUGGGAAUAUCGCCCAAUGCAUCCCUUGCAUAUCCUUCGGGCAGAACCGACGAGAAGUCCAUAGUCAGCCCCGUGCUCAACCUCCCCGAAGCUUUCGGCAGCGCCUAUGUCGGCGAGACAUUCUCCUGCACACUCUGCGCGAACAAUGAGCUCGAUCCUUCCGAUAAGACACGCACAAUCAGCGGGGUUAGGAUACAGGGAGAAAUGCAGACGCCCACCACGCCAACAGGCUCGCCCCUUGACCUUGCCGGGCCGGAGGGCGAAGAUGAAGCCAACGGAUCGCCGGGGCCAGGGCAAUCGCUGCAGAAGAUUUUGCGCUUCGAGCUUAAAGAGGAGGGCAACCAUGUACUGGCUGUUACAGUCACGUACACAGAAACCACGCUCGCGGGAGAAGGCAAGGCAGCGAGCGGCAAAGUCAGGACAUUCAGGAAGCUGUACCAAUUCGUUGCGCAGCAGUUGCUAAGCGUGAGAACAAAGGCUGGGGAGCUCAGUGCGAAGGGAGGCACGUCUAGGUUUCUGCUGGAGGCGCAAUUGGAGAACAUGGGGGAGGGUGCCGUCUCUCUAGAGGCCGUAAAUGUUAAUCCGAAACCACCUUUCAAAUCGUCAUCGCUAAACUGGGACAUGCAUUCUUCGCCUACGGAGCUACUCCAUGCGCCGAUAUUGAACCCUCGCGAUGUCAUCCAGGUCGCUUUCUUACUCGAACAGCAGCGCGACGCUGAGGAUGCUAAUGACGAGCCCGGGAAGCUGCCUCCGGGGGACACUAGACGGAUCUUGGGCCAAUUAGCGAUACAGUGGAGAAGCGCAAUGGGCGAUCGCGGCUCUCUAAGCACUGGUUGGCUGACAAGUCGUCGAUGAGGCUGCCAACUUCGCAGAAUCUCCGGCCGUUUAUGCGUAUGCACCCUCUCGGUGGAAUUCUGCGCUAAGCCGCUCACGCAUUCGUACCUGCAUCGCCUACGCUGUGCUUCCCGUCAGUUCUGUCCUAGACGACAUGCAGAGGACAUGGCAUUCUUCCAGAGUGUUGUGCGGA